CAGGUAUAUAGGGCUUCGUUUUGCAGAGAGAGAGAGCGAGGAUGAGUGGAGAAAACGACAACGGCGGUGCUAAGCGCAGGGGCUCGGUGAAGUGGUUUUCGACCGAGAAGGGGUUCGGUUUCAUCACUCCCGAAGACAACGGCGAAGAUCUCUUUGUUCACCAGUCCUCCAUCAAAUCUGACGGAUACCGAAGCCUCGCUGAAGGAGAAUCUGUCGAGUUCCUCGUUGAGGUCGACAACAGUGGCCGUUCCAAGGCCAUCGAGGUGUCCGGACCCGACGGCGCUCCUGUCCAAGGUAGCAGCCGUGGUUCAUCUGGAGGACGCGGAGGCUUUGGAGGUGAUGGGUACGGAGGAAGAGGUGGAGGCCGUGGAGGUUACGGAGGAAGAGGUGGAGGCCGAGGAGGAGGAGGCGACUGCUACAAGUGUGGUGAGCCAGGUCACAUGGCGAGAGAAUGUUCCCAAGGUGGUGUAGGAUACGGAGGUGGAGGCAGAGGAGGUGGCGGCGGUGGAGGAAGCUGCUACUCCUGUGGCGAAUCUGGACAUUUCUCCAGGGAUUGUACUAGCGGUGGACGUUGAAACGGACCGCUUUACGCCGAUUGGUAAGGCUGUGUCUCUUAGUAUCUAACGGACAAGUCUUGUCGCUGCGUAUUAUCUCUUUUAUUAUCGCCUUUUUUGCUUAUCACGACUGGAUCUUUGUCGUUUUCUAUUGUUUUGUUUUCCGUUGAACUCUUGGAUGGUUUGAGAUUAUUAAUUAUUUUUGUUUUUUCUGCUA